AUGGCGACGACCAAGCUGUCCCCGCUCUCGCCUGUGCGGCCGGACGACAAGCGGCGCGCGCCGGCGGCGUCGGUGGUGCUCAAGGUGCAGGACAGCUCCGCGGCCGAGGCGUACGAGCAGUACCUGCGGCUGCCGGAGCUGUCCAGGCUGUGGAAGGCCGCGUGCUGCCCGGGCUGGCCCGACGAGGGCCUGGUCAAGCCCGCGCUGCAGGCGCUGGAGAUCACCUUCCGCUUCGUCUCCGUCGCGCUCUCCGACCCGCGGGGCUACGCCAGCCGCCGCGAGCUCGCGCGGCGGCUCGAGUCGCUCGCCGCGCGGGAGGUGGAGGUGGUGGCCGCGCUCUGCGAGGGGGACCGCGGCGCGCCGCUGGCCGAGCUGAGCUCGUCCGAGGGCGUGCUCCCGCGGGAGCGGAGCGCCUCGGAGGUGUGGCAGCUGCCGGGGAGCGCUGCCGCAGUGGUGUGUCAUGCCAGUGAGGCCAGCUUGCUCCCGCGCCUCGCCGCGUGGGACAAGUCCGAGACCCUGGCGGCCAAGAUCAAGUACGCCAUCGAGAGCCAGAUGCAGAGCUGCGCCUUCUCCCUCGGCCUCGGCGAGCCCAACCUCGCCGGCAAGCCGGUGCUGGAGUACGACCGCGUCGUGCAGCCGCACGAGCUGCACGCCCUCAAGCCCAGGGUCGCGCCGGAGGCCAAGACCGGCUACCGCAACCGGGAGAACGAGGCGCUCUUCACCAUCCACCAGAUUCUUGAAUCCUGGCUGUGCGCUGCGUCUCAGCUUCUUACCCGCCUGAACAGCCGGAUCGAGGCGAAGGCCUGGGAGGCGGCGGCGAGCGACUGCUGGAUCCUGGAGCGGAUCUGGAAGCUGCUCGCCGACAUCGAGGACCUGCACCUGCUCAUGGACCCGGACGACUUCCUGCGGCUCAAGAGCCAGCUCGCGAUACGGCCGGCGCCGGACGGCACCGACGCGUCCUUCUGCUUCCGGUCCAGAGCGCUGCUGCACGCCGCGAACGCCACGAGGGACAUCAAGAAGCUGGUGCCGUGGGUGAUCGGCGUGGAGGCGGACCCCAAUGGCGGGCCGAGGGUGCAGGAGGCGGCCAUGAGGCUGUACCACGGCCGGAGGCGCGGCGAGGGCGAGGAAGCCGGCAAGAUCGAGCUGCUGCAGGCUUUCCAGGCCGUGGAGGCGGCCGUGCGGAGGUUCUUCUUCGCGUACCGGCAGGUCGUGGCGGCGGUGUGUGGCACGGCGGAGGCGUCGGGCAACCGGGCGCUGUUCGUGCCGGCGGAGGGGACGGACCCGCUGUCGCAGAUGUUCCUGGAGCCGCCCUACUUCCCCAGCCUCGACGCCGCCAAGACGUUCUUGGCCGACUACUGGGUUCAGCACAUGGCCGCCGCCUCUGUUCCGUCAGGGCGCAGCUGA